AUGUUGAGAGCACAAGUUAGAACAUUACCUAGAUUUGCUGCUCCUUGCAGGUCGUUGUACACCUCAGUGUUGGAUUCAGAUCUCAAUAUUACUAAAAAUGGAAAGGUGAAUAUGUCAGUUGGACCAGGAGGCCGUUCAUCAAGGACAGGAUACACAGCAACCGUGUUUGGUGCAAGUGGGUUCUUAGGACGUUACCUUGUAUCAAAACUUGCCAGACAUGGUACUACCACAAUUGUUCCCUACAGAGAUGAUUUGAAAAAGAGAUUUUUAAAAGUUGCUGGUGACUUGGGAGUGGUCAAUUUUGUUGAAAUCGAUGCUCGUAAUUUGCAAAGUAUACAAGACUCAGUUGCUCAUUCGGACAUUGUUAUCAACUGUAUCGGUGCCGAUUACAACACCAAGAAUUUCUCAAUGGCCGACGUCAAUAUUGCCUUGGCUGAAAGAAUCGCCCAAGCUACGAAAGAUGCGGGUGUUCCAAGAUAUAUACACGUCAGUUCCUACAAUGCUGAUCCAAAGUCGGAAUCAGUGUUUUACGCCACCAAAGGUGUGGGUGAACAAGUCGUGAGAGACAUUAUCCCCGAUUCGACCAUUGUCAGACCAUCACAAAUGUUUGGAAGAGAAGACAACUUGUUGAACUACUUGGGUCCAAAGAUUAAAAUGUGGACUCCAAACAAGAACCAAAAACAAAUUUACCCAGUUCAUGUACUUGAUGUAGCUAGAGCUUUGGAAAAGAUUGCAUACGACGAUUCCACUGCUGGCCAAUUGUACGAAUUGUACGGCCCAGAAAAGUUGUCAUACCUAGAUAUCAGACAAAUGAUUCAUGGAAUAACUGAAAACUAUGCCCAAGCUGGACCCAUCAGUUACAACUUUUACGACUAUGACUUGCCAUUGCCAGUUGCCAAGUUGAUUGCACAAGUACUGCAGUUGGUAUGGUGGAAAUUGUCAAACCCAGACCAAAUGCAAAGACACGUUAUAGAUCAACAUAUAGACCCGGUUGCUAAAACUUUUGCUGACUUGGGCUUGCACGAUCAAACCAAAUUGGCUGAUGUGUUGUUUAGUUAUGUGAAACAAUGGAGACAUCCAUUGAUUGCGCAAAAGGGUGGUCCUAAUCAUAAGAAGUUGGAUGAAUUGAGAACCAUCCAACAUUUUACUGAUUAA